UCAGAUGAAGGCAUUGAAGCUUGUACAAGUUCCCUUGACAAAGUCAACAUAAAUGACAUCAUCCCCAUUGCUCUCAAUACAGAUCUGAGAACAAUUGGCAAGAAAUUCCUACCCAGUGACAUCAAUGGUGGAAAGAUUGAAAAGCUUGAAGGUCCAUGUGUUUUGCAGAUACAAAAAAUUCGCAAUAUUGCUGCACCUAAGGAUAACGAAGACUCCCAGGCGGCCCCACGGAUGCUGCGUCUGCAGAUGACUGAUGGCCAUAUAAGUUGCACAGCAGUCGAGUAUAAUUAUAUGCCCAAAUUAAGUUUGAACACGCCACCUGGAACGAAAAUUAAGCUCUCAGGCAUCAUUGACAUAAAAAAUGGAUUCCUGCUCUUGAAUGACUCUAAUACCACAGUUCUUGGCGGUGAAGUGGAGCACCUUAUUGAGAAAUGGGAGUUACAGAGAAGUUUGUCAAAACAUAAUAGGAGCAAUAUUGGAACCGAAGGAGGACCACCUCCUUUUGUGCCUUUUGGACAGAAAUGUAUAUCUCAUGCCCAAGUGGAUAGCAGAGAACUUGAUCGAAGAAAGACACUCCAAGUUACAAUGCCUGUCAAGCCUUCAAAUGAUAAUGAUGAAUUUGAAAAGCAAAGGACUGCUGCUAUUGCAGAAGUUGCAAAGAGCAAAGAAACCAAGACAUUUGGAGGAGGUGGUGGUGGUGCUAGAAGUAAUCUCAAUAUGAGUACUGGUGGUAACCGAAAUAAAGAAGUUUUACAGAAGGAUAAAUCAACUAAACCUGAAGGAAAACAUGAAGGUGUCUAUAGAGAACUGGUUGAUGAGAAAGCUCUGAAGCACAUAACAGAAAUGGGCUUCAGUAAGGAAGCAUCAAGGCAAGCUCUUAUGGAUAAUGGCAACAACUUGGAAGCUGCAUUGAAUGUACUUCUUAAUAGCAAUAAACUGAAGCCUGUUACGGGUCCACCUCUGAGAGGUAAAGGAAAAGGCAGGGGGCGAGUAAGAUCUGAAGAUGAAGAAGACCUGGGAAAUGCAAGACCGUCAGCACCUAGCACAUUAUUUGAUUUCUUAGAGUCUAAAAUGGGAAAUUUGAAUGUGGAAGAACCUAAAUCACAACCUCAACAACUUCAUCAGGCACAGCAUAGAUUUUCUAAUGUGGAACAAAAUGGUGUAAGAGAUAAUAAUCAAUCAAGACAUCCUCCUCGAAAUGAUACCAGGCAGCUAAGAAAUGAAAAGCCUCCUCGUUUUCAAAGAGACACUCCAAAUUCAAAGUCCAUUUUCGAAGGUAGUGGAUUACCUAGAAACAGAGGUUCUGAAAGGCCAACUUCUUCAGUAAAUGAAGUAUGGUCUGAAGAGAGAAUCAAGUGUGAUAGACCAUAUUCAAGAUAUGAUAGAACUAAAGAGCCUACAUAUGCUUUGAGUUCUCAGCAUAAUGAAGGUGCUUUUAAAAAAAGAGAUAACUCUAUGCAAAGUCGACCAGGAAAAGGUUCAUCUUAUGCAGAGGCAAAAGAAAAUCCAUUUCUUCAAGAAUCCAUUGAUUAUAAUAAUCAAAAACGAGGGAAAAGAGAAAUUCAAAUGGCAGAUCCUGAUCAUUUUUAUGACAGAAAACCACGAACAGUAAAUAAUGAAGCUUUCAGUGGUGUAAAACUUGAAAAACAUUUUAAUGUACAUACUGAUUACCAGAAUCCUGUCCGAACUAAUAACUUCAUUGGUGUUCCAAAUGGAGAGGCAGAAAUGCCACCAAAGGGGAGAAUGUGGAAACCUGGAGAUGAAUGUUUUGCACUUUACUGGGAAGACAAUAAGUUUUACCGAGCAGAAGUGGAAGCUCUCCAUUCUUCUGGCAUGACAGCAGUUGUUAAGUUCAUCGAUUAUGGAAACUAUGAAGAGGUGCUCUUAAGCAACAUCAGGCCCAUUCAAACAGAGGCAUGGGAAGAGGAAGGCACCUAUGACCAGACUCUGGAGUUCCGCCGAGGUGGUGAUGGCCAGCCAAGACGAUCGACUCGGCCAACCCAGCAGUUUUACCAACCUCCCCGUGCUCGGAACUAA